GGGUGGGGGCUUUAAAUCACCUGCGAAACGUAAAACUGGGCGUAUCAAAGGUGCAGAGCGUCCGUCCUCCUGAGCAGCUGGACCACAUGACAGCAGCUCAGCUCAGCUGAAGACAAGAGGAAGAGAAGAGGGUUUUUCCUGAGCAGCUUCUUGUUUUGUGAACAAGUGCCGUCGAGCAGGACGAGCGCGGACACAGAGAGGACCUGAGCUCACCUACAGUGCCUGCAGGCUGCAGCUGAAAACCCGCUACCAUGACAGACGCAGACAAGUUUCUGUAUGGGGACCGCAGUGAAAUCAACAACCCCCUGGCCCAGGCCGACUGGGCCUCCAAGAAGCUGGUGUGGGUCCCCUCUGAGAAGCAGGGCUUCGAGGCUGGCUCUGUCAAGGAAGAGCUUGGCGACGAGUGUGUGGUGGAGCUGACGGACUCUGGCAAGAAGGUAAAGAUAAACAAGGAUGACAUUCAGAAGAUGAACCCACCCAAGUUUAAUAAAGUGGAGGACAUGGCGGAGCUCACCUGUCUGAACGAGGCCUCCGUGCUGCACAACAUCAAGGAGCGAUACUACUCCGGACUCAUCUAUACAUACUCGGGUCUCUUUUGUGUGGUGGUCAACCCAUACAAGUACCUGCCCAUCUACACCGAGGACAUAGUGAACAUGUACAAGGGCAAGAAGAGACAUGAGAUGCCCCCUCACAUCUACGCCAUCACAGACACAGCUUACAGGAGCAUGAUGCAGGAUCGUGAGGACCAGUCAAUUCUUUGCACUGGGGAGUCGGGAGCAGGAAAAACUGAGAAUACAAAGAAAGUCAUUCAGUAUCUUGCACACGUUGCCUCAUCCUUCAAAUCUAAGAAAGAUCAGGGCAGUGCAGUGUUGUCACAUGGGGAACUGGAGAAACAGCUGCUACAAGCAAACCCCAUCCUGGAGGCAUUUGGCAACGCAAAGACCGUCAAAAACGAUAACUCCUCAAGAUUUGGAAAAUUUAUCAGGAUCAACUUUGAUGUCAAUGGGCAUAUUGUUGGAGCCAACAUUGAGACUUAUCUGCUGGAGAAAUCUCGAGCCAUCAGACAAGCUAAAGAGGAGAGGACCUUCCACGCCUUCUACUACAUGCUGUCAGGAGCAGGGGACAAGCUGCGCUCUGAGUUGUGUCUGGAGGAUUACAGCAAGUAUCGUUUCCUGUCAAAUGGGAAUGUGACUAUUCCUGGCCAGAAGGACAAGGACCUGUUCACUGAGACCAUGGACGCUUUUCAGAUCAUGAGCAUCCCGGAAGAGGAAACGACUGGUUUGUUGAAGGUGGUGUCGGCCGUGCUGCAGUUGGGGAACAUGUCCUUCAAGAAGGAGCGCAACUCUGACCAGGCUUCAUUACCUGACAACACUGCUGCCCAGAAAGUGUGUCACCUGCUGGGCAUCAAUGUGACCGACUUCACACGAGCCAUCCUGUCUCCCAGAAUCAAGGUUGGCAGGGAUUAUGUCCAGAAGGCCCAGACCCAGGAGCAGGCUGAGUUUGCUGUCGAGGCUCUGGCCAAAGCCUCUUAUGAGAGGAUGUUCCGCUGGCUGGUGUUGAGAAUUAAUAAAGCUCUGGACAAGACCAAGAGACAGGGAGCGUCCUUCAUUGGCAUCCUGGAUAUUGCUGGGUUUGAGAUCUUUGAGUUGAACUCGUUUGAGCAGCUGUGUAUCAACUACACCAAUGAGAAGCUGCAGCAGCUCUUCAACCACACAAUGUUCAUCCUGGAGCAGGAGGAGUACCAGAGGGAGGGCAUCGAGUGGAGUUUCAUCGAUUUCGGCCUCGACCUGCAGCCCUGCAUCGACCUCAUUGAAAAGCCCAACGGUCCACCAGGCAUCUUGGCUCUGCUGGAUGAAGAGUGCUGGUUCCCUAAAGCCACUGACAAAACCUUUGUGGAGAAGGUGGCUCAGGAGCUGGGAACUCACCCCAAGUUCCAGAAACCCAAGAAACUCAAGGACGAUGCUGAUUUCUGCGUUAUUCACUAUGCUGGAAAGGUGGACUACAAAGCAGUCGAGUGGCUGAUGAAAAACAUGGACCCUCUGAAUGAGUGUGUGGCCAGCUUGCUCAACCAGUCUACAGACAAAUUUACUGCUGAGCUGUGGAGAGACAUGGACCGUAUUGUUGGCCUGGAUAAGGUGGCUGGAAUGUCAGAGUCCAUGCCUGGUGCGUUCAAGACUCGUAAGGGCAUGUUCCGCACUGUGGGCCAGCUGUACAAGGAGCAGCUGAGUAACCUCAUGGCCACGCUCAGGAACACCAACCCAAACUUUGUGCGUUGCAUCAUCCCCAACCAUGAGAAGAAGGCUGGUAAACUGGACUCUCACCUGGUUCUGGACCAGCUGAAGUGUAAUGGAGUCCUGGAGGGGAUUCGCAUCUGCAGACAGGGCUUCCCCAACCGCAUCGUCUUCCAGGAGUUCAGACAGAGGUAUGAAAUCCUCACUCCAAAUGCUAUUCCAAAGGCUUUCAUGGAUGGCAAGCAAGCCUGUGUGCUCAUGAUCAAAGCUCUGGAGCUGGACUCUAAUCUGUACCGCAUGGGCCAAAGUAAAGUGUUCUUCCGAGCCGGUGUGCUGGCCCACCUGGAGGAGGAGCGAGACAUGAAGAUCACUGAUGUGAUCAUCAGCUUCCAGGCCUGGUGCAGAGGAUAUGUGGCCCGCAAAGCCUUUGCCAAGCGACAGCAGCAGCUGACAGCCAUGAAAGUUAUCCAGAGGAACUGCGCAGCUUACCUCAAACUCAGGAACUGGCAGUGGUGGAGGCUUUUCACCAAGGUGAAGCCUCUGCUGCAAGUGACCCGGCAGGAGGAGGAGAUGAUAGCCAAAGAGGAGGAGCUGGUCAAGGUGAAGGAGAGACAACUGCAGACUGAGGAGCAGCUCAAAGAAUACGAAGCCAAACAGCAACAGCUGAAUGCUGAGAAGCUGGCUCUUCAGGAGCAGCUCCAGGCAGAGACUGAGCUGUGCGCAGAGGCCGAGGAGAUGAGAACCCGUCUGGCCGCCAGGAAGCAGGAGCUGGAGGAGAUCCUGCAUGACCUGGAGUCUCGUCUGGAGGAGGAAGAGGAGAGAGUCACCCAGCUGCAAACAGAAAGAAAGAAAAUGCAGCAGAACAUCACGGAUCUGGAGCAGCAGCUGGACGAAGAGGAAGCAGCCAGACAGAAACUUCAGAUGGAGAAGGUCACUACAGACGCCAAGCUGAAGAAACUAGAGGAGGAUGUCAUGGUGCUGGACGACCAGAACAACAAGCUCAACAAGGAGAAGAAACUGCUAGAGGAACGGAUCUCGGAGUUCACUACCAACUUGGCUGAGGAGGAAGAGAAGUCCAAAAGCCUGCAGAAACUCAAGAAUAAACAUGAAGCCAUGAUCACAGAUUUAGAGGAUCGUCUCAGAAAAGAGGAGAAAGGCCGUCAGGAGUUGGAGAAGAACCGUCGUAAACUUGAGGGAGACUCGGCUGAGCUCAGCGACCAGAUUGCAGACCUGCAGGCACAGAUUGCUGACCUGCGAGCUCAGCUGGCCAAGAAGGAGGAAGAACUCCUUGCUGCACUGGCCAGGAUGGAGGAGGAGGCUGCAGCCAAGAACACAGCCCAGAAGAAGAUCAGGGAGCUGGAGGCCCAGAUCUCUGAACUGCAGGAGGAUCUGGAGCUGGAGAGGCAGGCUCGCGCCAAGGCUGAGAAACAACGCAGAGACCUGGGAGAGGAGCUGGAGGCCCUGAAGACUGAGUUGGAGGACACUUUAGACUCCACUGCAGCUCAGCAGGAGCUUAGGACAAAGCGUGAGACAGAGGUUGCCCAGUUAAAGAAGACACUGGAAGAGGAGGCAAAGGUCCACGAGCAGCAAAUGGCUGACAUGAGACAAAAACACAAUCAGGCUUUUGAAGAGCUCAACGAGCAGCUGGAACAGGCCAAAAGGAACAAGGUGUCAGUGGAAAAAGCCAAGCAGGCACUGGAGAGCGAGUGGAGCGAGCUCAAGAUUGAGAUGAAGACGCUGAUGCAAAGCAAAGGAGACUCUGAACACCGUCGCAAGAAGGCCGAAACCCAACUUCAAGAACUGCAGGUCAAAUGUGGAGAAAGUGAACGACAGCGACACGAACUGGCCGAAAAGCUGGCCAAGGUCCAGUCGGAGCUAGACAAUGCAAACGGCCUCCUGAGUCAAGCAGAGGGCAAGAACAUCAAAUCCAGCAAGGAUCUCUCUUCCCUUGAGUCGCAGCUGCAGGAUACACAGAGGCUGCUCCAAGAGGAGACCCGUCAGAAGCUCUCCAUCUCCACCCAGCUGAAGCAGCUGGAAGGUGAGCAGAACAGCCUGCGGGAGACCCUGGAAGAAGAGGAAGAGAGCAAAAAGAACCUGGAGAAGCAGGCCGUUGCUCUGCAGGCGCAGGUGGCAGAGUUGAAGAAGAAACUAGAACAGGAGGUCUUGUCCCUGGAGGCGGCCGAGGACGGCCGCAAGCGAGUACAGCGAGAGUUGGACAGUGUCACGCAGCAGCUGGAGGAGAAGAGUUCAGCCUAUGACGUGUUGGCCAAGACCAAAACCCGUUUACAACAGGAGCUGGAUGACCUCCUGGUGGACCAGGACAACCUGAGGCAGAGUGUCUCCAACCUGGAGAAGAAGCAGAAGAAGUUUGACCAGAUGCUGGCUGAAGAAAAAGCUAUUUCUACUCGGUAUGCUGAGGAGCGUGACAAAGCUGAGGCUGAGGGCAGGGAGAAGGAAACGCGAGCGCUGACGUUGGCCCGUGAGCUGGAGGCCCUUACAGACAUGAAAAAUGAGCUGGAUCGGACCAACAAGAUGCUCAAAGCUGAAAUGGAAGAUUUGGUCUCCUCCAAGGAUGAUGUUGGCAAAAGUGUUCAUGAGCUGGAGAAAUCAAAGCGUGCUAUCGAGCAGCAGCUGGAGGAGAUGAAAACUCAGCUGGAGGAGCUGGAGGAUGAGCUGCAGGCCACAGAAGAUGCCAAACUGCGUCUGGAGGUCAACAUGCAGGCCAUGAAGGCCCAGUUUGAGAGAGACCUGCAGGCUAGAGAUGAGCAGGGAGAGGAGAAGAGGAAACAGCUGGGGAAACAGACGCGUGAGAUGGAGGUCGAACUGGAAGAUGAACGCAGACAGCGUGCUCAGGCGCUCGCAUCCAAGAAAAAACUGGAAGCUGACCUGAUAGAACUUAAAGCCCAAAUCGAUGCUGCCAACAAGGGCCGUGAUGAGGCCCUCAAACAGCUGAAAAAACUACAGGCCCAAACAAAAGAUCAAGUGAGAGAGCUGGAUGAGCUGCGUCUUUCCAGAGAUGAAGCUGUCAAUGCAGCCAAGGAGACGGAAAAGAAGCUCAAAGCUAUGGAGGCAGAUGCCCUGCACUUCCAGGAGGAUCUGGCCAAUGCAGAAAAGCUCAAGAGACAGGCCCAGACCGAGAGAGACGAACUCCUGGAUGAGAUUAACAGCGGCAACAGCAAAAAUUCUCUGAUGGCCGAUGAGAAGAGGAGGCUGGAGGCUCGCAUCACCCAGUUGGAGGAAGAGUUGGAGGAAGAGCACACCAGCACAGAGAUGAUCAGUGACCGCAUGAAGAGAGCCGUGCUGCAGGCUGAGCAGUUGACCACAGAGCUGGCUGCAGAACGUGGCAACUCCCAGAAGUUGGAGGGGGCUCGCUCCCAGCUGGAUCGCCAGAACAAGGAGAUGAAGCAAAAGCUGCAGGAGAUUGAGGGAACGGUCAAGUCCAAGUUUAAAUCCACCAUCACCUCCUUGGAGGCCAAGAUUGCUCAGCUGGAAGAACAGCUUGACAUAGAGUCCAAAGAGCGUCAGCAGGCUUCCAGGGCAGUCAGGCGGACGGAGAAGAAGCUGAAGGAAGUGAUGCUGCAGGUGGAAGAUGAGAGACGCAAUACAGACCAAUUCAAAGACCAGGCGGAGAAGGUAAACAUUCGAAUGCGCCAGUUGAAGCGUCAGCUGGAGGAGGCAGAGGAAGAGGUGACUCGAUCCAACGCCUACCGUAGGAAGCUGCAGAGGGAACUGGAGGAUGCCACUGAAUCAGCAGACGCCAUGAACCGUGAAGUCAGCACUCUGAAGAGCAAACUCAGACGGGGAGAUUUGCCUUUAACCGUGCGGCGUAGCACAAAUCGCACCGGCCUGGACAGCGAUGAGGAUGUAGAUGUGAAGCCUGAGACAUCUGAGCAUGGAGCUGAGUGAGCUGAGGAACACCUACAGGGAUCGAUUUAUGGUCACACAACAAGCAGAGCGUAAAACAUUAGCCAUGCAAGCUAUAAGGAAUGACUUUGAGAGGAUUUAGCGUUGUAUUUCCAUUGAUGACCUUUUGGAGCCUUACUGUUAUUUUCCAUAUAAUGCAUUUAUAUUUGGCCAAAUAACCUUAAUUAAUCUCAAUGAAUUCGAGCAGUGUUUUUCUACAAUUACUUUUCUUGGUCUAUUUUUCUACUUAAUGGGUAUAUCAAAAUAUUCUAACAAGCUAAUGCAAUUCCAUUUUAUUUGUGCUGUUACUCCACUGUUUCUGGGAGAAACGCUGAGUAUUUUAUACUUGUAUUACACACAGAUGGAUCUCUCUGGGAGAUUUAAUGCAAUCACAUACUGUACUGUGGGUACCAUCUGCAAAUGUCACCAUGAAUCUGUGCAUUUCCUCUCACUGUAUUGUCCUUUCAUGUUAUCACCUCAACCAAAAUUGCAGAAUGGGGGGGGGGGGG